CCGAUAAGUUUAUAUAUAUUCAGCGACUUUCUUGCUGAUAAAAUGUAUUUCUGGAUGCUUGAUUAAAGACCUUUUUCUUGCCCCACCAGAACUUGCUUCUCAGUUGCUUUUCACUCGUGGAACCUCAAGCAACAAGAAUGUUCUCCUCUAAAAUGUUGAAAUAUUCGAUUUUUGUGUUGGUUUUAGUCUUUUCUUGGUUAAACGUCAUGGCGGAAACCAAUGUAGAUUUGGGCCAAAAGGUUACUUCCUUGGAGGAACAGUGCGGCUUCUUUUGCUUUUCGCCACUCAACUUCCUGCUUCGGUUCCUGAGUUCAUGGGAGGAAAAGAUGAUCCACACCGAACAUCCCCCCACUAGUUGUCGGGCAUUCGGUUACUCCUCGGAAAUCCAUGUGAUCCAUGUGCCUGGCCUCCACCCCUUCGCAGUACCCUGCGAUUCGCAGAUGGCUGGUCCCGGCUGGACAGUUGUUAUGCGGAAAAUCGACUGCUGUACGGAUAGCUUUAGCAAGAAUUGGUCUGAAUAUAAGCAGGGUUUUGGUGAGAUCAACGGAACCUUCUUCAUUGGCCUGGAGAAACUACAUUUGAUGACCGAAGCGAGUCCCCAGGAAUUGUAUCUUUAUGCAAAUGAAAGCGGUAAAGAAUUCUUUGGAAAAUGGUUCGAUUUUCGCUUGGGAAACGAGGAUGACGGCUUUAACCUAAAGUCCAUAACUCAUCUGAAUGGAACUAUCUAUGAUUAUUUCCAAGGACAAGUGAAUGUCACAUUUUCAACUUACGAUCGGGAGAAUUAUGUCGACGAAUAUUAUAGACCCGCUUACGUCAAUCAUGGAGGCUGGUGGUACAGCCAAUCCAACACUGAUAGCCCCACGAGACUUUAUUAUUACAGGGAAUUUGUUCAGAUGAUGAUUAGAGAUCAAACUUGAUGGAGAAUCAGCAAAAUACACGUGAAUAAAUGGUUUAAAUCAUCGCAGAGUAUUUUCCAUAUUUUAAUCCAAUAAAUACAGCCUAUGACGUUAA